AUGUCUUCCCCGGUGCCGCUUCUUCGGCCACCUGUCCCUGGUGCUCGAAGCUCAAGCGGUAGCCGGACACCUCGUUUGACGUUAGGAAUCCCCCCUUCACCCAACCAACGACCAGUCACUGGAGAAGGUGAACCCCCUGCUGAAGUCCCUCGCUUCAGUCUGGCCGCAUCUGGAGCGAAAGGGCCGCCAAAACUAUCUCUUGCAACACCAUUGGGAAGUCUAGGCUCAGUGCAAGAAGGAGGAACCAAUCUAAGACCACAGAUACAACCAUUGAACAUAUCCGCAGUGACAGGAAAUGAAGUCAUCAGCAGACCCCGGGGGGAUAGUUUCCAUGCCGCCAGUGUGCCUGGAUCUGCAUCGUCAUCCACAUAUUCGGCCCUCUCCUUCGCCAUGCAAGGCAGGCAAGCUGGGACACCUGACCCAUCCUCGGCGAUAAGUUCGAUCUACUCAGAGGCCAGUAUCGGCGGGACUUCGAUGGAAAGAGAAUCGAGUAUGGGCGGAUUAUCAGUUGACUUUGAAAGACUCGCAAUCGAGAAGGGUAGGCCACUCGAUGUGGAAGAUCUGGACGACGAAGGGUGGGGCGCAGCGAGUGAACAGAAGAAAAUCAUCGAAUUAGGUUCCUUGGGUGAGGGUGCGGGAGGCGCGGUGACAAGGUGUAUGUUGGAAGGUGGCAAGACGAUUUUUGCUCUCAAGAUUAUCACCACCAGCCCCGACCCGGAUGUGAAAAAGCAGAUCCUUCGUGAACUCAAAUUCAACAAGAACUGCACGUCAGAGCAUAUCUGCCAAUACUACGGCGCUUUCAUGGACAAAUCCUCGAGCACGAUAUCAAUAGCAAUGGAGUUCUGCGAGGGUGGCAGCCUGGACAGCGUAUACCGUGAGGUCAAAAAACUGGGCGGUAGGACGGGAGAAAAGGUCCUGGGCAAGAUCGCAGAAGGCGUGUUGCAUGGUCUCACGUAUCUCAAUAGUAGGAAGAUCAUACACAGAGAUAUUAAGCCCUCUAACAUCCUCCUCUGCCGCAACGGCCAAGUCAAGCUCUGCGACUUUGGCGUUUCCGGCGAAUUUGGCACAAAAGGCGACGCCAACACCUUCAUAGGCACUUCCUAUUACAUGGCUCCCGAAAGAAUACAGGGCCAAUCCUACACCAUCACCUCUGAUGUGUGGUCUUUAGGGGUGACGUUACUUGAAGUCGCCCAGCAUCGCUUCCCCUUUCCGGCCGACGGAACAGAAAUGCAGCCACGUGCUGGUCUAAUUGAUCUGCUCACGUACAUUGUCGCCCAGCCCAUCCCGAAGCUAAAAGAUGAGCCCGAGAACGGCAUCAAGUGGAGUGACAUGUUCAAGUACUUCAUCGAGUGUUGCUUGGAGAAGGAACCCCCAAGGCGAGCCACGCCCUGGCGAAUGCUAGAGCACCCGUGGAUGGUCGAGAUGAAGGCUAAGAAGGUCAGUAUGAGUUCCUUCUUGAAGCAGGUGUGGGAUUGGAAAGAUUGA